AUGCGGAAGCCUUUGAAGACCCAAUAUUCUACCGACUCUUCUACAGCUCUAUUAAUACGAGAUACCACUCCAGACAAAACUAAUAAUGCGUCUUCAAAUGCUUCGACUUCAGAUGAAAAUCGGCCUAGUGGUAAGGGUUUUAAAAGUUAAAAAAAAUCUUUAAAGGAGUGUACCUUUAUGCCCAAAAUAAUGGUACAUUACUCAAAAGCAUAAAUUUAAAGCACUUUUUAAAGUUAUGCUUUCAGGUCGCUCAAACAGGUCCCAUUCACAGUGUUCCGCUCAAAAUCGGCCGCUUAUAGUCACAGUAAGUUUUCAUAUAGCACAAUUUCGAAACAAAAAAUCAGCUCCAUACCUGGAGUUCUAGCGAGGAUAGUUCAAACAAUAAUUGCAAAAACUUAUUCUAAUACUUCCCCAGCCUAAUAAAGUCUAACGUUCUAUUUCCAGCGCUUCAAAAGCUACAUAACCCAAACCAGUACAGACCAAAGCGAGUUCUCCCUACCCACCGACAAUAGCAAAGACGAUGACCUUCUGAAUCCGGAACAAAUUGUGACUAGUCUUGAUGACAGUGGAGACAACUCUGAUGAACACUCCAAAAAAGAUGUUGCUCAACAAGUCAGUCGACAGCCUAGUGAAAGAAAACCGAGGAAUAGGUCAACUUCUGGUACAAAGAAACCGUUGACCGCUGCUCAGAAACGACAAAACUUUAGUAGAAAAAGUUCGACAUUGACUGAAACAUUGGCCAAACAACUGGAUUUCGAUUUGGGCUUCUGUUCUAGUACUUCUAGUUCUGAUACUGAGAACAAUGGAGAACCCGUGGACAAGUUUGAUAUGCUUUACAAGAGGAUAAAGAAGAGGUUGAAGAAGGAUGACAAACAGUAGGUUAAACGUUUUUAAAAGUCUAUUCCUAAGGUUGUCUAAUUUUUUAUAUUUUGGUCAAAAAGUUUACAGAAUAUUGCUAAAACUUGUGAUCAAAACUUCUAAGCGAAUCUCGGCUCUAACAAUAUAAAACAAAAUCUAUUUUCUAAUCGAAAUAUAGCAAAACCUAGACCAUAACUUCACAAAUUCAGACAACACCAGUUCGAAGACUACUUCUACAACCCUCGUGGCAAGAUUUGGACUCGACAACGAUGUAAAGAAAUCUUUGCUGGAAAGCGAAUGAGGAAGAUGGCCUUCUGGUUCAUCGUCAUUUUUCUAGCCGCACUGACUGUAAAAGACGUAAUAGAACUUGUAGCCGAAUACUGUGAAAAUCCGAAACAAUCAGACAUCAACAUACGGUUCAAUAAGACUAUGAAGAUGCCCGACAUUACGUUUUGUAUGCGACGUAUGCAAACUUUUAGCCAUUUCGACUUGAAAAAUGUAUCUAAUUGGGAUAGAAUUGUUUUGGUAGGUGUGCUAUAGCUUACUGUAACGUUUCAGUGAUUUGUUUUGUCAGUAGUGAAGUUUAAGGUUCAUAAAUCCCAAAAAUUAUGGCAACUAUUUCUAUAAUAUUAGAGAUAUAUAGAAUUUUGGCAGCUUAUAUUGAGCUAUAAAUCUUUUUAAGCCUUUCCAAUACUACCUUACUACAGAUGGAAGCUUUUAUACAAGUAUUAUCAAUAAUGUUAUCCCUUUUUUCAGAAAAGCCUGAAUGAAAUGAAGACAAGGGAAAGUUUUUUGAAACAACCUUGGGAUUACCGUUUGGCAGCCGAAGGUUAUCAAGUAAUAUCAGCAUUGAGUUCGAUUGAACGUGAAACGACAUCUCAUGGUACUAUGAGAUCAAUACACAUGUUCCGAACUCAUCGACGACUUGAAACGAAAAGGAGAAUGAUUAAGGUAAGACUAACUGAUUCACCGAUCUAACUUAUGCGGAUAAGGACUAACUUCUUCAUAAUUCUUCUAUGAUAAAAUACAUUCUGAUAACAUCUCUGACAACAUCUAUCACACAAUUUUUUACUUUUUUUUGCUAGAUUUUUCCAGAAUUCAUACCUAGCUGAUCCUCAAAUACCUUUUUAGAUUAAUAUUUAUAUAAAAAACAUGUUUUUCUUGCCAAUAUAUGAUUUCGUAAAACAGCCUUAAUUUCGAAAACAUAAAAUUUUAAAAGCCAUUAUCUUUAAAGAUGUCCAUUAAAACCAAAUCCGUUCCAGAUGUGGAUGGCCGAGCUCAAAAAACGUGACGUCAACUUCGAGGAGUUCACCCAGAAAGUGGGAUUGGAGGUGUUUCGGCGGUCAAAUCAAAGCUUUUUGCGAACCUCCUACAACGAGAACGACGACUUUGGAACGGCACUUAAAACAACUUGGAUUUCUGAGCAAGAAUUUUGUUUCCAGCCUCAAUAUGCGUUGAAAAAAGACAUUACUGAUCAAGGUAAAAGUGGCCUUACUUUGUAAAACUAGCCUUAAGCUAGCUUUAAUAUCAAAAACCUAGCCUCAAACUAACCAUACUUUCAAAAAAUUUAUUACAUUUACCAUGUAAGGCCCAAAAAGCUGAUUUUUAACACACUUUCUAUGCAAAAAGUGUCAUUUAAAGCCUAAAUGACACUUUUUGCAUAGAAAGUGAAACUAAAAUCUAAUAAAAUAUAAAAAAUUUUAAAUUAUAAACUAAACUGCCUUAUAACAAUAUUAAAAUGACAAAUGUUUCAGGCUACUUUUUCCGUUUUGUCACAUCCCACAACCACCAUAACUUAGAUGACAAGAAAGUCGAUUGUAUGACAGUUGACUUUCAUGGAAGACCAUCCUCAUUAACGAGGUAUACACAAGCAACGGCUGUUAACGAUGGAUACAUUGAAGACGUAGGUUGAUUAUUAAGUUGCUCAACUAAUUCUGUGCUCUCUGAUCUCGUAAAUCUGUUUUGAGAGGAGGCACAGAAUUAAUUGAACAACCUAAUAUUAUGAUUAUUUUACUAUUUUGAGUAUAGAAAUGUCUUUACCUAUUUUAUAAACCAAAAAACUGUUUAGUUAUGCCUUGGCAUGCGUCACGAGAUUGUAGUAGACAUCAAAGCCUUAUACGAAAUGCUUGAAAACAAUGAGGAAGGCACUGAAUGUGGAGAGAUGACUUCAGAAAAUGAAAACGAAUUCGAUUGUCGUAUGAAAUGUCGCCUGGAAAUGAUUAAAGACGAAUGUCAUUGUAUUCCGGCAACUUUGAGUUACUUGGAAACGACCAAAAACUAUCCCAUCUGUGAUUACACCAAGUGUAUUACCAAGUAAGUGAUAAGAAGAAAAACUCUAAUGACCCCCAAAAUUUUAGUAAAAACGGUCGAAACUCGACAGACGAAGCAUGCACAAAGAAAUGUCGUCGUAGUUGUGUUCAAGUCCGCUACAAUGUUGUACAUCAUACGAAAGGAAAGUCUCAGAGGCCCGAUUUAACACGAGUUGAUCUUAUGUGGGGUUCUUUUGAGUAUUUGGUCAUGAAACAAGACUGGGUGUGGAGUGUAACAUCGUUCAUAGCCGCGCUGGGAGGAUCUAUCGGAAUGUGGUUAGGAUUGUCAAUCUUGUCAUUGAUACAGGUGAGGAAAAACGACUAAUUUAAAUAUGAAAAAUAAGUUUUUUCGAAAAAUGCAUCAAGGCCUCGAGAAGGGGCGCAGGAUUAAGUGAACGACGUAUUAUGAAGAAAAUUUGCUUUCUAAUAUCAAUAUUAUCCAUGUGAAGUGACUGAAAACGAAAAUAGCGGCAUAUUAUUUUAGGGUGGUACCUAUCUCUACGCAUAUCUCACAGAAAACGUGCUGAAGAACAAAAUUGCUAAGAAAAUCUCACAAAUAUCGUCAUCGAAAUCCAAAAAAGGAAGCGACCAUGAUCAACUAGAAAGAGUAAGUUCUAUUUCCGAUAAUAACCAUUAGAAUUUUAUUUUAUGCCAUUAUAACCCUACUCAAAGCAUACUUUUAUACCCUAAACAUCUUUACUAGAGUCAAAACUAUUUGUUUUCAUUUCCAGAGACCAUCAAGAAGUCGUAGCCGUCGAAACGACCCUCGCAACAUAGUAUAA